GCCGCCGCGCGCAUCCGUCCGCCACCGCGGAACGGAUCACUCACUGCUCCUCAUCACUACCACUACCCGGGAUACACUUGUUUAAAAAGCCUAGAGACAGAGAGGGGGUGUGCCUCUGCCUCCUCCUUCCUCCUUCCUCCUCUUCGUCCUCUCGCAUCGGCAUCGCAUGCCAUGCCCUCGUCGACCUCGAGAUCCCACACCGCGUGCCACGUCAUCUUCUUCCUCCUCCGCGCAAGAAGGAGAAGGAGACUAUACUAGUAUAAGUAGCCUGGAGCUGGUGGAGCAGGGGGGCCGGGCCUUGUUGAGUGAGUGAGGUGCAUGCAUCGCUGCUUGCUUCGAGGUUCGUCGGGGGAGGAGGAUGAACUGGAUUCAAUGCACGGGAUGUUGAGGGAGGUGAGGUGAGAGCACGGCGACUUUUGCUUGCUUCAGGUGCCGUGCCGUGCAGCAGUGUAGCAGAGGAAGAGGAUGAUGGGAGCUCUGCAGGUGCAGAGGAGGAGCAACAAUGGCGACGGCGCUGCUGCUGCUGCUGCUGCUGACGAGCUCUUCCCGGACCCGGGCUACGUCGAGGUUGAUCCUACCGGGAGGUAUGGCAGGUACGACGAGAUUCUUGGCAAGGGAUCCUCAAAGACUGUGUACCGUGCCUUCGACGAGCACCGGGGCAUGGAGGUGGCGUGGAACCAGGUCCAGCUGCACGACUUCCUUCGCUCGCCGGGGGAGCUAGAGCGUCUCUACGGCGAGAUCCACCUGCUCAAGUCGCUCCGCCACCGCGCCGUCAUGCGCCUCCACGCCUCCUGGGUCGACGCCAACGCCGCCGACGCGCCCGCGACUACCGCGCCCACCCGGCCCCGCCGCGCCGCCGUCAACUUCGUCACCGAGCUCUUCACCUCCGGCACGCUGCGGCAGUACCGCCGGAGACACCCGCGGGCCAGCGCCGCCGCGGUCCGGCGCUGGUGCCGCCAGAUCCUCGAGGGCCUCGCGUACCUCCACGCGCGCGGCAUCAUCCACCGCGACCUCAAGUGCGACAACAUCUUCGUUAACGGCAGCCAGGGGCAGGUCAAGAUCGGCGACCUCGGCCUCGCCGCCGUCGUCACCCGCCGCCGCCGCCGCGGUAACGCGGCGAGCUGCGUGGUGGGCACGCCGGAGUUCAUGGCGCCCGAGGUGUACGCCGAGGACUACGACGAGCGCGCCGACGUCUACUCCUUCGGCAUGUGCGUCCUGGAGAUGGUCACCCUCGAGUACCCUUACAGCGAGUGCGUCCACCCCGUGCACAUCUACAAGAAAGUCACCUCCGGGAUCAAGCCGGCGGCGCUGUACAAGGUGAAAGACCCCGCGGUGAGGCGGUUCAUCGACAAGUGCCUGGCGCCGGCGUCGUGGCGGCCGAGCGCGGCGGAGCUGCUCGGCGACCCGUUCCUGCAGCUGGAAGACGACGGACUCUGGUACGGUGACGACGACGACGGCGCGGACUACAGCACCAUGUACAACUACCUGCACCAGCCGGCGUGCCUGGACCACCACCACCACAACUCCGGCAGCAAUGGCUCCACGGCGAGCAACGGGGUGGUGUCCAAUGGCGUCGGCGGCGGCGACAGAUGGGACGACGACGACGACUCUGAGGACGACGACGACGAUGGCAGCAUGUUCCAAGGCAUCGACCAGCUGUUCAACGAGCACGAGGACGACGACGACGAGCUGCACGUCGCUGGCGUCGACAUCACCAUCAAGGGCAAGAGGUUGGAGGACGGAAGCAUCUUCCUCCGGCUGCGCAUCGCCGACAAAGAUGGCACAGGGAGGGUCCGGAACAUCUACUUCCCGUUCGACGCGGACGCGGACACGGCGCUGAGCGUGGCCACCGAGAUGGUGGCGGAGCUGGACAUCACCGACCACGAGGUCACCCACAUCGCCGAGAUGAUCGACGGCGCCGUCGCCGCGCUGCUGCCGCACUGGAGGCCAGGCCCUGGCAUGGACGACGACGAGGACGACGACUAUGACGGCGGCGGCGGUACGGACGCGUCAGGCGCCGCUGGCCGUUGCAAGAACUGCCGGUCCAGCGCGUCCUCGGCCGGGUCACUGGACGACUACAUGUCGGCGGCGGCGGCGGCGCGGCGUGGCUGCCGGUGCGCGGAGAUGCACGGCCGGUUUGAGGAGAUCACGUUCCAGGCCGACGAAGAGCAGGUCCGGUUCCAGGGCUCUGGGUGCAGCUCCGACGAUGGAGGCGGCCAGGCUGAGCAGUGUGCCGCCGGAGACGGUAAGCUCGAGGACAUCGUCAAUGGCGUCACGCUGGAUGGCACCACGGAACGUUCAGACCAGCCUUGACCUGGUUCUCUCACAGGAGCGAAUCCUGUUUACUGAAAAUAUCACCACCGAUCGUCACGUGUCGGCAUGGGAUCAGAGCACUAAUUUGCUUGCUGGUACUGAACGAGAAUUGCUCAUGUCGGUGCCGCCACCAUGAUCAGGGAUAUCUUCACCAGCAGUUAGCAAGCCAAAGUUACUGUGACAGAGGCACAGAGCUGUAUUGCUCACUGAAACCUUCCAAGAGCAAAUUCUGUACUGAUGACUGAUGAGCAAUGGUGUUGAUGUUUGAUGUGCCCUUAUGACCGCGUAAAUCUACAGUUCCCAAAUUGGUUUCGUUUGCUUGGUUCUCCUGUUUCAAAUUCAAAGGCGAAUUUGGUAGGCAAGAAUCUGGAAAAAAAAAUCUGAAAUGUCAUCAGGGCAGCCUCACUGCUUGUUUGUAGCUUUGGUUGAGUAUACAGUGGUUAAGAUGGGUAUAGCUUGAAGUUUUAACAGGCAGGUGCUUCACUAAUCUGAAUCUAGCCCUUUGUUUUUCACUGUAAACCAGUUUUGUGGAGUUCAUAAAGAAUAUAUAUAUAUAUGAAUAAGUAAUCAAGAAAGUUGCAUA